CCUGCACUCUCGCCAUAUUUUCAAGCCCGUGAAUCCCGCUAUGAACAUCUUCAGGCUCACAGGAGAUCUUUCUCAUCUGGCUGCUAUCAUCAUCCUGCUACUCAAAAUAUGGAAAAGCAGGUCGUGUGCAGGCAUCUCUGGAAAGAGCCAAAUUCUGUUUGCUCUUGUGUUCACUACACGUUACUUGGAUCUGUUCACCUCUUUCAUCUCCCUGUAUAACACAUGCAUGAAGGUGAUCUACAUUGGUUGCGCAUAUGCCACCGUAUACCUAAUCUACGCGAAGUUCAGGGCCACCUACGAUGGAAACCACGACAGUUUCAGAGUGGAGUUCCUGGUGGUUCCUGUCGGGGGUCUUUCUGUUCUCAUUAACCAUGACUUCUCUCCCCUGGAGAUCCUGUGGACGUUCUCCAUCUAUCUGGAGUCGGUGGCAAUUCUGCCUCAGCUCUUCAUGAUCAGCAAGACCGGGGAGGCUGAGACGAUCACCACCCACUACCUGUUCUGCCUGGGGCUGUAUCGGGCCCUUUACCUCUUCAACUGGAUCUGGCGUUUCUACUUUGAGGGCUUCUUUGACAUGAUUGCCAUAGUGGCUGGUGUGGUCCAGACUGUCCUCUACUGUGACUUCUUCUAUCUUUAUGUCACCAAAGUGUUGAAAGGGAAGAAGCUGAGCCUGCCAGCGUAAAAAAGCAUGGAAGGAGACGGCGACUCCGAGCAGACUCAGGAGGUGUGGAGAGGAAGUCAUGGAUUCUCAUGACCUGUAGUAAAAGACGCCUGAGACAGAGAGCCAACUAUCGGGGGGAAAAACACUAGUCUUCUUGAUGAUUACUGAUGGAACUGGUAAAUGCCAACAAACACCAGAGCUGAACAAAGAUCAGUCCAGAUCAACUAUUGGAUUUUUGUGUUCAGCAUCUUGCCUUAAGCUUUUUUUCAUUGCUGUUCAAAUAGGAGAAAAGGAUUUGGUUUUUGUUUUUUUUGUUUUUUUUCGCUACAUGUGAGGUGUAUGCACUUCUUUUUUUUUUUUUUUUUUUUUAAGAAAAACAUCGUCCAUGGUGGUCGACUUUGAUAAGUACCUUGUUUGACUUGGUAAUGAAAUGCACAAAAUGUACAGUCUUAUUAAAGCGUGAGAUAAAGAGUGAUGUAUCAGAGUGCCUGAUAAAGUUCUCACAGUUUCUCACAGUAUUUUUUUUAAUUCUUUUUACUUUUGCAUUUUUUUAAGGUAUGCAUAUCCUCUAAUACAUGUAUCACGUUUUUUUUUUUUUUCUGUAAUGUUUAAAGAGGUCAACAUAACUUCGCACCAGCAUGCUCAUUAUUUUGUAAAUCAUGGCUUUCUAAAUGAACAUUUUAACAGAAUUAAUAGUUUGAUCUUAAAUUCAAGAAGUAACCCAUGAAAUGAAUGACUUUAAUGCCAGCAAUCAUUUUAUCGCAGGUAUCAGUAUUUUCCCAAUGUCUCAAAUAAGGAUGCUUGGUAACGGUUUAUAUUAUGCUCACUGUUCUUUGUUAUAUAGCUUCACACAGUCUUGAAUAAAUGCUGCAUCACAUUUAUAGAUGUCGACAGAGCACAAACUCUCACCGCACCCCAGCAACAAACUCAUGAACGCCUUCCGGUGGCGACGUGCCAGUUACGUGGAUCCUGAAGUGUUGGGAAUGGGGACAAAACUAAUCGCCACUUUUCCCACAAUGGGGAUGCUUCCCUGUUUAUCCUCCAGCACAUUGUCACAUCUCAGUUGUUUCCUGUAUGGCUCAGUUAUUAAGAAGGUGCGAUGGUCACCAACGGGUGCAUUGCUAAAAAGGCCUCUCGUUUCUUUUUAUAGUGGCGUUCCUAAAUAAUUGAUUCAUUUUAUUCUUUUUUUUUUUUGCAUGUUAUCACCUCCAUUAAAGAUUUUAUGAGAAUCAUA